GCCCCUAAAAAUUCAGUUCCUUUUCACGAACAGUUAUUGCGUUGACAGGGGUUUUCUCGGUGUUUGCUCCUAAAUUAUUGCACUAUUUAGCAUUUGAUGUAAACAUCGAAAAGCUAGAAUGUGGCUUUGGGAUUAUAUCACAGGUGCAUUAAAGUACCUUGGGCUUAUGAACAAAUCUGGAAAACUGGUUUUCCUUGGACUUGACAAUGCUGGUAAAACAACAUUACUUCACAUGCUGAAGGGUAACAGAUUAGCCCAACCUGUACCAACACUUCACCCAACUACUGAAGAGCUUGCACUUGGUGGAAUGAAUUUCACUACUUUUGAUUUGGGUGGACACAAGCAAGCAAGGAGAUUGUGGAAAUCAUACUUCCCAGCAGUUGAUGGCAUUGUUUUUAUUAUUGAUACAGCUGAUCAUAAAAGGUUACCAGAGUCAAAAGUAGAAUUUGAUAGUUUGUUAGCUGAUGAACAGUUAGCUGAUGUACCAGUAAUGAUUCUUGGUAACAAAAUUGAUGCAGCAGGUGCACUUGGCGAAGAUUACAUUAGGCAAUAUUUUGGACUAUUUGGAUUAACUACUGGAAAAGGAACUGUCUCUAGAAAAGAUCUCUCAGCUCGACCAAUAGAACUGUUUAUGUGCUCUGUUUUGAAAAGACAAGGAUAUGGUGAAGGGUUCAGAUGGCUAUCACAAUACAUCAACUAAAGAAGAUAGGGUUUUCAUUUGAGCAGACAGAUAGUUGCAGAAAGACAGGAAACUGUUUCAUGUCACAAAAUAUUUUGUUACAGAGGCAGUUUGUAAUAAUGGACUGUGUUGCUUUAUAAACUGUGGCAAACAAAUGUUGAUAAGACAAAUUAGUUAAAUCAUUGUGCCUGUAAGCUGUCAUACUGACAAAAUAUUUUAUUGAUCUAAUUUUAAUUUUUCUUUCGCAUCCAUUUUAAUGGGCAUUUCUGUAUGUAAAAACUCAAGCAAUAACAUUUUCUAACAGAAAGUUUCUUUAUUGUUAUUUGUUUGGUGGUUCACUCAGAGAAAUUGGCUAGGCAAUAUUUGAAUGCAAAUUUGUUUUUACCUUAUAUCUGUUUUCAAAAUCAAAUGGAAGGCUUUUUAAUUCUCUUUUGGUAAUUGUGCUACCCAAAUCAGUUGCUGCACACAUCUUUCACAAAGCUUAGCAAAAAAACUAAUGUUGCUAUUUCCUGUGCAUAGAAUUCGCUUUGGUUGACACUCUUGUUUGUUCAUUUAAGCCAUGCUAUGAAAUUUAGAAAAGCCUGAAGAAAAGCUUAAUGUAUUCUUCAUAAAUGUAUACAUUAUUAUUACGAUUUUCAUCUAA